ACUGUCUCUCUCUCACUGUGUCCAGCUAGGGUUUUUCCUUUUAGUAUUACUCUCUCUUUCUCUCUCCUCUCACACAGUCACAGCCUGUACUCUCUCUCUCCUCGAAACCAGAGAGAGAAAACCAACAAAAAUGCAGGUUACCCAAUACUCUCCACUAUAUCAAAUCUCUCUCACCAUUUCAUCCCCAAAUCAAACAAUGCCUAAACUUUAAAAAAAAAAAUCCCAUUUUUAGUUUCGCCAUUGUUGGACAAAAAAAUACAAAAAAGCUUGGUUUUUUCUAGCUAAAAUGGAGCCAUUAAGGCUUCCCAUUUUGCUUUUCCUCUCUAUUCUUCUUCUUCCUUUAGCUAAACCAGAUCUGAGUUCCGAUCGUGAAGCUUUACUAUCUCUCCGUUCCUCAGUAGGUGGAAGAACUCUUCUAUGGAAUGUGACCCUUCAGAGUCCUUGUUCAUGGGCUGGAGUUAAAUGUGAGAACAACAGAGUCGUCGUUCUCCGACUUCCGGGAGUAGCUCUCUCCGGUUCUUUACCAAAGGGUAUUUUCGGUAAUUUAACAGCUCUGAGAACUGUUAGUCUUCGUCUUAAUGCUCUUAAGGGUUCACUCCCUUCAGAUCUUGCUUCAUGUACAAAUCUCAGAAACCUUUAUCUUCAAGGUAACUUUUUCUCUGGACAAAUCCCAAGUUUCAUCUUCACUAGUUUGCAUGAUCUUGUUAGACUUAACUUAGCUUCAAACAACUUUUCCGGCGAGAUCCCGGUGGGGUUGAACAAUCUGACAAGGCUGAGAACAUUAUACGUUGAGAAUAAUCAGCUUUCUGGGUUGAUUCCGGAGUUAAAGCUUCCCAAUUUGGAACAAUUCAAUGUUUCGAAUAAUUUGCUUAAUGGGUCUAUUCCGGUAAAGCUUAGAACUUUCAAGUCGGAUUCUUUUAUGGGUAACACUCUUUGCGGUGGUCCACUUGGUCUCUGUCCCGGAGACAGUAACGGGUCUUCUCCUUUACCUAAUGGAGAAGUCAACAUUGAUGGUAAAAGUCAUAAGAGGAAACUUUCCGGUGGAGUCAUUGCCGGAAUUGUGAUCGGUUGUGUGGUGGCGGUUUUAGUGAUUUUAAUGCUUUUGAUCUUCUUAUGUCGUAAGAGUAGUAACCAAAGGAGGAGUUCUGCUGACGUGGCGGCAUUGAAACAACCCGAAACCGAGCUUUCGAGGGAUAAACCGCCUUCUACUGAUGCUGAUAACGGCGGUUUUAGUAACGGUAAUGGUUAUCCGGUGGCGGCUACGGCGGCUGCAGCUGCAAUGCCGGUUGGAAAUGGGAAUAAGGGCGAAGCGACGGCGGUUAAGAAGUUGGUUUUCUUUGGUAAUUCGAGUUCGAGAGUGUUUGAUUUGGAGGAUCUGUUGAGAGCUUCAGCUGAGGUUUUGGGGAAAGGUACAUUUGGUACUGCUUAUAAGGCUGUUUUGGAAGCUGGAACUGUUGUGGCUGUGAAGAGACUUAAGGAUGUUAAUAUAAGUGAUGUUGAGUUUAGGGAAAAGAUUGAGUCUGUUGGGGCUAUGGAUCAUGAGAAUUUGGUACCACUUAGGGCUUAUUAUUAUAGCAGAGAUGAGAAGCUUCUUGUUUAUGAUUACAUGCCUAUGGGAAGCUUAUCUGCACUUUUGCAUGGAAACAAAGGAGCAGGAAGAACUCCAUUGAAUUGGGAAAUCCGAUCAGGCAUUGCGCUCGGUGCAGCCAGAGGAAUCCAAUACUUACACUCACAAGGUCCUAAUGUCUCCCAUGGAAACAUUAAAUCCUCAAACAUUCUCCUCACCAAAUCCUACAAUGGUAAAGUCUCUGAUUUCGGUUUAGCACACCUUGUUGGCCCUUCCACCACCCCAAACCGCGUUGCUGGAUACCGAGCACCAGAAGUUACAGACCCGAAAAAGGUUUCUCAAAAGGCUGAUGUCUACAGUUUCGGUGUCCUACUCUUGGAGAUCUUAACAGGGAAGCCACCAACUCAUGCCUUGUUGAAUGAGGAAGGUGUUGAUCUCCCUAGAUGGGUUCAAUCCAUUGUUAAAGAAGAAUGGACAGCCGAAGUGUUCGAUCUUGAACUCCUUAGGUACCAAAACGUCGAGGAAGAGAUGGUUCAACUCUUGCAACUUGCUAUUGAUUGUGCCGAGCAAUACCCCGAUAGGCGUCCAACAAUGUCAGAAGUGACAAGUCGAAUCGAGGAGCUAUGUCGUUCGAACACUAAAGAUGAACCUCAACCCGAUCUUGUCAAAGAAGCUUCCGAUAUGUCGUAUCGGUAAGGCUUAAAAAUGGAGCCAAAAAAACCAACAACUAAACCAUCUUCUUUCCCUUGUAUGGCUUUUGUAGAAUUAUAUAACAAACUUUGCUUUGUUAUGAGCCAUAUUUGUGUGUUAUGUUUAAUCUUGGGCAUAAAAUCUUUCUUUUUUUUAUUUUUUUUUUCUAAUUAGGAGCCAAAAACUCUAAAUUUUUUACAUAUUUUUUUUUUAUCAUUGUAAUGUUUUUUUUCUUCUUUGUUAUUAAUAUACAAUUGGGGUGGAUAUCUAUUCCAUUUGAUCUU